AUGGCUGAAGGUAACAAGCGCCCGAGAGUCUUUUUCGACAUUGCCAUUGGCGGUGUGAAGAAGGGCAGAAUCGCCUUCGAGCUUUACAAUGACAUCGUACCCAAGACGGCCGAGAACUUCCGCGCGCUCUGCACCGGCGAGAAAGGCGCGAACAAGGACGGUGUGCCGCUGCACUACAAGGGCUCGGGCUUCCACCGCGUCAUCAAACAGUUUAUGAUUCAGGGCGGAGACUUCACAGCCGGCAAUGGCACGGGUGGUGAGAGCAUAUACGGGGAGAAAUUCGAUGAUGAGAACUUUGAGAAGAUCCACGAGAAGCCAUUCUUGCUGAGCAUGGCUAACGCAGGACCUGGCACCAACGGCUCCCAGUUCUUCAUCACAACAGUCCCCACACCGCAUCUCGACAAUAAGCACGUUGUCUUCGGCGAGGUCAUCAACGGCAAGAGCAUUGUCCGGGAGAUCGAGAACCUCAAGACGCAGAGCGGUGACAAGCCUCUUCACGACGCUACCAUCAUCGACUGCGGCGAGCUCACCGGCGACGAGUACACCAAAGCCACAGACAAGACGCCCGACCAGACCGGCGACCCCUACGAGGACUUCCCCGAGGACCAGAAGCCAGACGACGCAGAGUGGGUCGGCGCGCAGAUUGUCGAGAUCGCAACCGCGCUCAAGGACCUUGGCAACACCGCCUUCAAGGCCGGCGCGCUGCAGCUCGGCCUCGCAAAGUACCAGAAGGGCCUGCGCUACCUGCACGAGUACCCAACCCUCCUCGACUCAGACCCGAAGGAGCUCGGCAUCCAGCUCAACGCGCUCAAGACGUCGCUAUACCUCAACUCGGCGCUGCUGCAGAACAAGGUGGGGCAGUACGUCGAGGCGGCAGAGAGCGCGGGGAAGGCGCUCGAGGUGGAGGGCAUCAGCGAGAAGGACAUGGCGAAGGCGUAUUUCCGCCGGGCGCAGGCGAGAGUCGGGCGGAAGAACGACGAGGAGGCGGUCAAGGAUUUGGAGAUGGCGGCCAAGUAUGCGCCGGGGGAUGCGGCGAUCUCAAAGGAGCUGGAGGGCGUGAAGAGGAGGGUGAAGGAGAGGCGGGAGAAAGAGAAGAAGGCCUACAAAAAUGCGUUCAACUUCUAG